CUCAUCAAUACAUAUUUUGACUUUUUGACUUUUUGACACUUGCAAUGAGUUCUUAUUUUAUUAAUCAGUUUUUCAAAAAAUUAAAGUCGUGAAGGACGUAUGAGGGUCAUUCAUUGAAAGUGUUCAGUGUUCAUCAUAUUUUCUACAAUGACCAGUAGAACUGGCAGUACAAUUUCAACAAAAACAUGUACAUCAACUAAAACUUGCGAUUGCAAUUCCAAUCGGUCCUUAGACAUUCGAACACCGAAAAAUGUUCAUCUUUCAGCUUUUUACAAAAGAAGCUUCGCUUACUACACUGUGAAGGUUCGUAUGCCUGUGCUUCUAACCAACAUCAUAGAUACUCUAGUAAGAAACAAGAAGGAAAUUGUUCGCACUUACGGAGAGGAAGCACAAGAGGAAUUGAAGCAAAUCAUCGGGGAAAUGUCGCAAUACAAAUACGAGUUGCAAACGAACAAACCGAUUAAACCUUUAAUCGAAGAUAAAUUAUUUGGUACAUCACCUCCAGAUGUGAGAAUAUAUAAUGAACAUAUCCAAAAUUUAUCGCUUAUCGAAGGACAUACAACUCACUUCCAUACCAUAUGGCUACUCACCGAGUGCUACAUGUAUAGAAGAAUUCGACAGUCUUUCCAAACUAAGCAUAUCCUCAAAGAUUUCGAUUAUUUCCAAUCUCACAAACAACAAUCGUACAUGUCCGCUAUACCUUUAAUAGAAAAAAUGAGCGAAUUUAUUACUCUUGUCCUAACCCAGCGCGCGGAAAAGGCGACAUUCAUUCAACUAAUUAAGAUGAACUUAUGGGGCAACAAAUGUGACCUGUCGCUGUCGUUAGGUAAAGUCGGAGACGACAAUACACUAUUCGAUGUCGAAGCACUAGAUCCCUACAUCCUGUGCGAUCACAGCGAAAAAAUCUGGGAAGCUGUUACAAGCCGAGCAUCUAACGAGUACAUCGAUAUCGUAUUCGAUAAUGCCGGUUACGAAGUCUUCACCGAUCUCUGCUUGGCAGAUUACAUGCUUACACACAAGAUGGCGCGCACAAUUAGAUUCUACGUAAAAGCCAUGCCCUGGUUCAUAUCGGACGUAAUGAAGCACGACGUCUUCUGGAUGCUGGACCAAAUGAAACUCAACCCGAAGGAAUCGAUGCGCAAGCUGGGCCACCGAUGGACGGACUACAUCGACAAAAAGAAAUGGGUCAUAUACGUUUACGACUUUUGGACGCUGCCGUUCGAUUUCUCCUACAUGGCCAAGGUAGACCCGGAUUUGUACAGGAAAUUGGCGCAGGCGAAAGCUGUGUUUUUCAAAGGGGAUUUGAAUUAUAGGAAGUUGUUCGGCGAGUUAAACUGGGAGCCGUCCACUUCCGUAGACGAGGGUUUGCGGAAUUUCAAUCCGACGGCGUUGUGUAUAAUAAGAACAGUUAAAGCCGAUAUUAUUUGCGGCGUACCGAAAAACGUAGCGCUGGAGCUCGAUGCGAAAGAUGAAAAGUGGUCGGAGAAAGGAGAAUACGGUGUCAUACAAUGUUCCACCAAAGUCGUUCCGAUCGAUUAACGAUGGGUGUUUAGAACGAUUUAUUAAAGGAAUGGUUUAUUAAAAAAAAUCGCACUUCGCGAGACAAUCGAUUGGCUUUAAAUUACAAAUAAAUAAUCGAAAUUGUUAACCUUAAUAAACAUAUCUUCUAUCUGGAGCUGAAGGGCGAUCAUUGUAUUCGUUUUGUUGGGAUACUGAUCUUCCGAACGAUGACAUGUUUCCUUCUGUUGGAAUUUUCACUCUGGGGAUGUUUACAUCACUAAAACGAGUAAUUUUAUUUCCAAUUUUUUAACUUUAUUCUAUAAAUACUUACUAAGGGCUGUUCUUAAUUAUUGCCAAAGUUUCCACCUGAAAGUAUUUUAAUCUAUUAUGUUUUAGACACAUUUAUCUUACUCAUAAAACUUUAUCAUUCAAAAUGAGCUUAAUUGGUAUUUCUUAUUUCAGAAUUUCAAGCAAUCGGCGCAUAUGCUGAUGAUUAAUUGCGUGAGUAUCGGGAUUAUAAUCACAAUAAUCCUUACCUGUAUUCCAAUUUUUAUCAUCUUAUAACUCAAAAAUCCGUUGACAAACAAUAAUGUAAAUCCCCUGGCUGAUAUGGUCAUAACAACUCCUACUGCUAAUCGACAUUCUAAUGAAUUUAUCGGGCAAUUGGUAAAAUCUCUCAAAAGUAGCGAGGUGAACACCACAUCAAUUAAAGAUAUGCAACCAGUUAGGACACCCCAAAAUAUCAUUGACUUAGAUUUUCUAUUCUUUUUGGAACGUACCGCUAAAACAAUAUAUUACUUAAAAGUAGUAUCAAAAAUGCUCGAGUCCAGUGAAUUGAUUGGAUACUAUUUCAAUUUGUUUACCGAAAAGUAAGUCUAUUGAUGUAGCCAAGAUUCCUACGCUGAGGAAAAAGUAUAUCCACAUUAUAACCGCGAAAUCUUGAGCUCUGAUUGUCCUGGUUAUUGAUUCUGAUAUUGCAUUUGACGUUUCUUUGUCUAAAACAAUUUAACAACAUAUUUCCUGCGUAAUAAACAUUAACUGCACAGGUUUACUUACUAAGAUAUAAUGAAUAAAUUAGUAAAUUCAACAACUUUGAAAAAGUUGUUGGGUCUUCAUCAGGUUGAUGGUCACUGUAAUAAACUACUAUACAAGCCAAAGACAGGCCAGUCCAAACCAAUCCCUGCAGCUAAUUAGAAAAACAAUCAGUAUGAUGAAAUUAAAUUUGCUGGAAUAUACUCACUCCUCCCAAAACGCUGGAAAUUUUGCAAACAAGUUUUUGCGCUGAUGUUAAAGACAUUUUGUUUUAAGUAUGUUUUAUUUGUGCGAUAAUGAAUGCGAAUUUUACGGUUAGCGAGUAUUUGAAAUCUAUAAAUUUAGAUUAUCGAUAAACUCCUUAAGAAUAGGAAUUACUUAAGAAUCAUCAAGAUAAAAGAUAAUUCUUAAAAUCGAUAAAAUGAUUCAACGGAUCUCAGAUAAAAAUUUAUCUUCAAUUUUCACACAAUAGUUAUACAAAAAAAUAUUUGACAAUUUGGAGUAUGAUUAAUAAUAAUACAACGAUAAAAAUUAAAACGGAGUUUAUUUAAUCGGUUCUAGAUUUUUUAUUUUCAGGUUCAUCCUUAUCCUCUACGUAUUUGCUAGUACAAGCCUUCGGUUGGGUGUUCUUAUAAGCGGGAGUAAUCCAGUAAGGAUUCUCCUCGGCAUCCUUGGCGUACUUCAAAAUCGCCUCCCUGGGAUCCUGAUCGUCCUCGACUCUCUUACUCAAACCUAAAUUCCUAAUCACGUAACUGCUCAAGGUCCCUCCGCUGGAGGCCACUCGACCGCCUUGACCCGAAGUGAUAGGCAAAUCCGGCCGCUUCGAUUUAACCGGAUCCAACCGGUCUUUUUCCAUCUGCUUCCUGCUCGUCUUCCUCCUCUCCUGUCUAAACAGCGGCAGAGCGUGCGGCGUGAUGAUUUGCUGCGAGCUCACGAUUUCAGAGUGCUGCAUCUUGCGAUGGUGCUUCACCACGCACAGUGUGGCCCCCCUCAAGCUCCUUCGUUCAUCGUAGUAACAUUUCACGAAACCGUUACCGGUGCCCACGAAUAUUUGGUUGAGUUUCGUGUGCCAGAUGAGCUUGAUCGUAUGCGAGUUGGCGACUUCCAUUCUUUUCACCAAGUCGAACGUUUUCGUGUCGUAGAAGUUGAUGAUACCUUGCUUGUCGCCUUUAUCUAGCGAUACUCCUGUAGCUACUAGGGCGUCGUUGGGGCUGAAUAUGGCGUCGGUCGUAUCGUAUCGAGUGUAGAGAUCGGUGACCUGGUGAACUUGCUGUUUGAAAUUCCUUAGGUCCCACAAUUUCAUCGUUUCGUCGCAGCUUCUCGUCAACAAGUUGUCGCCGAUGUGCGAGAAGCAUAUGCUGGUUAUUUCGCCGGGCGCGUGCGCUUUUCUGAUCUGUUUCGCGGGUGCCACGGAGCUCUUCCUGAAGUCCCACAGUUGCAACGAACCGUCCGCGCAUCCGCAAGCGAUCACCUUGCCCUCUCUGUUGAAAUUCACGGCCGUAGGGGACGUCUUGAGGCCGUUUUGGGCCCGGCAUUUGAUGAUUUGCUUGUGGUGUUUGCCGCCUUCGUAGAAAUCCCAAGCCCUAAUCGUACCGUCGGCGCUGGUGGUUAGAAAUUCUUCUUUCGUAACGGGAUUCCAAACGCCUGCUAGUAAUCCAGCCGUGUGGCCUUUGGUCUUGGCUUGAUCGGUUAUGUACAUGUCUCCUUUGACGGUUUCUAAUUUCUCGAAACCGUCUCGAUCUAUUACUUUAGCUUGACUUGCGCCGGAGAUGACUAACAGUAGGUCUCCUGUGCUGGAAUAGUGUAAGCCUCUGAUUGGGUGGUUGUCUGCUGGUUGUAAUGUUCGGAAGCUUCUCAUGUUUGAAUCCAUUCCGGCGAAAUCCCAG